GUGACCUUUUUUCGUAGUUGACGUAAUCCGCGAAGAAGAAGAAAACCGCCGAAGAAGAAAAUAAUAAAACGACGUUUGAAUUAUCAGGUUACAUUUGGGAGAUAUUUUUUUAUUUGAUCUAUAUUUUGAAGAUCUCAAACGACGGUAUCUUAACUCGAGAGUUGGGUUUGAACGCUCUAAUCAAAUACAGCUUUGUUGACGUAACCAUGCUUUUAAACGUUUCGCACUCAUGCAUGUGCUGGCUAGCAUGUUAGCAGCAAUGCUAAUGUGAUUCACUGUGCUAAUAUCACUUUUCCCCCCAUUUCUUCCUUUUGGGAAUACGUUGUUUUUUUUAAAGCAUCAUGUCCAAAAGGAAAGUUACUUUUGCGGAUGGCGACGGAGAGUUGGACUUGGAGGAUGAGAUUCCAAACAAAAAGACUUGUGAGGUCGGGAGUGGACCAGGCUCCAGAUUCAAAGGCAAACAUUCCCUGGACAGCGAUGAAGAGGACGAAGGGGAGAACACUGGAAGCAGCAAAUAUGAUAUUUUGGCCGAUGAUGAUGUGGACGGGCAAGAGAACGCAACUAUUGACUUUGACGAGGGAGUCUCCAUCACCCCGUUUAACCUGGAGGAGGAGAUGGAGGAGGGACACUUUGACUCGGAGGGAAACUACUUCAUCAAAAAAGAGCAACAGAUUCGAGACAACUGGCUGGACAACAUCGAUUGGGUGAAAAUUAAAGAACAACCUUUCAAGCAAAAGAAAAAAGGACUGGCAGCCAAACGCAAACGUAGAGUAGGCGAUGAAGACGAGGCGGAGGAAGAGAAGAAGAGGGAGGAGCAGCAAGAAAACAAAGACGAGGAAGAGGAGGAGGAGGAAGCCGAGCCUGCCGAGGACCCGCUGGCCUCGUACACACAGCAGCAGCUGACCGAAGCGCUGCUGGAACUCUUGUUGCCGGGGGAGACGGUCACGGCGGCGCUGCGGCGGCUCGGAGGUCUUGGUGGCCGCAAGAAAAACAAGCUGAGGCAAGACGGCCAGGCCGCGGAGGAAGCCAAGCGGGACACGGAGAAACUGGACCGUCUUACGUCCCUGGCCGACCGGCUGGUGGCUUCCGGGAUGUACGGCAUAUACCAGCAGACGCACGAAAAGCUGGCCUACACGCUGAAGGGCAUGAACAGCAAGCGGCCCGCCAGGAAGACUGACGGCGAAGAGGACGAGCUCGAUAUGUUUGGCGAGGAAUUCGACGAGAAGCACGCCGCGGCGUCGCAGGACAAAGACGAGGAGGUCAAAGCAGUGAGCGAGGAAGUCAUGUGGGAGUACAAGUGGGAAAACAAGGAUGACUCCGAAGUCUACGGUCCUUUCACCAGCCAGCAGAUGCAGGACUGGGUGGAUGAGGGCUAUUUCAGCAGCGGCGUGUACUGCAGGCGCUUGGACCAGCAGGGCUCGCAGUUCUACAACUCCAAGAGACUGGACUUUGAGCUCUACACAUAAACACCUUCAUGUGACGCAUUCAGUGACACGUUUAGGUCAUCCUGAGCUGAGCUUUUGUUCUGUGUAAAUUGUUUUUAAAUAAAUCACGACAAAUACUGUA